GGCUUCCCUCUUCCACUCAUUUACCUCGCUUCUCUUCUUAGGAAUGUUAUUAGAGGCGUUUCCACCACAUGAGAGAUGUAUCUGGCCAACACCUCGGCAGUAAUCAAUCAUUUUUCACCACCGGGCGUACAAGAUAUCAAUACUUAUGGAAGAGGCCUCAAACACAGGAAAAUUGAGAAUGAUGGUAGUUUCGUGCUCGCUACGAGUGACUUCCGGGGAGGAGAUGUUUUAGAUGAACGAUUUAUUGAGCUCAAGGGCCGUGCUUCAAUCUCGCGGCGGAUCACCACCGAAGUCGAUCUAUAUAAUCAGCGGCUUCAGCUGUGUCAAUCAUUGACUUCGGGGCUUACUUUUUACCUUAACUUGCCACCUGAUCUGCAUCCUCCAACUUCAGGAUCCCAUUUCGAAGCUGCUUUGGACCACAUUCUCGCCUAAAGAACGAACACGACAUCAGCAAUUUCCGUGCACUCCCACGCCAUGAAAGCCACCUACUUUAAUUUACUGGGUUUCGCCUUCCUCGCUGCCGCUAAUCCCGCUCCGAGAGGUUGCCCAAAAGAACAUUGUUACACAGCAACCAAUGAGUGCAACAUGCCAUACGGUGGUUGCUGGGAUGAAUGCGACUCUCCAGCCGAGCGCCUCCAAACAUUCACCAAGCCCCACUGUCCACCUUCAGCUCACCCUACUAAACCGCCCUCCUGGACUCCAACUCCUACCCCGUCAUGCUCUGUGCUCAGCAUUUGCAUUGAUGCAAUUACAGUCUGCGCUAACGGUGAGACUAAGGGCUACGGAGGCUGCUUCGACACCUGCACGCAACCAACCGUGCACCCUCCAGAAUCCUUGUGCCCUCCAGGGCCAGCGACCAUUACGGCAGCAACUACACCUGCGCCAUCGACUACGAAGAAGCCAAACCCGUCAGAGAAACCAUGCACGCAAAAGGACUCCUGGAAGUGCAAGCCGACCGAAUGGUAGAGCUACAAUUGGAGAGCACUCUUGGUAGAGUAGCUGGAUGAGGAAUGAAUGAAAAGGAUGUCAAUUAAUAAAUUGAACCACUUAUUCAGGAUUUCAUCUGUAAGGCUCUGAUUUCUAAAACUCUCUCGUACAGAGUUGGAAAAGGUUAUCCCGUUCAUGUUUACUAGCAGCGUAGUGUGCUUGAAAUGUUCGAGAAUAUUGGUGGUGGCAUAUGAGUACAUGACCCUUUGUUCGGGUAUUUGAUGUAUCUCUUUGAUUCACCUCAGUGCUAAGUUGACUAAUCUGGGAGGUUGUAAAUGACCUACUCACUUAGCUUGCGUGUAUUCAGGAGGGAUUCAC